AUGGAAUUAAUGGAAGCUUUAAAGGAUGGGGAUCAUGAUUCAUAUAACAACUCGGAUGAACUUAUACGAGAAUGUUUUGAAAAAAUAGAAAGUUAUCUAAAAUCUGCAGAUUUAAAAAGAUUUGAAUUUUCGCAAUUCAGUGACCUUAAACCAAUUGAUAAUGGAGGGAAUGCAGUCGUAUUUUCAGCAAAUUUCCAAAGCAAAAAGUAUGCUUUAAAAAAUCUCACUAAUAAUUUAUUUGUGGACGAUGGAAAAUUUAAAGACAUUAAACGCAUAAAGAUUUCUAAUGGUGAAAGAGAGAAAGUUAUCCCCAACACACCUACAAAUUAUGUAAAUCUUUAUAAAAAAUGUUGGUCAACUAAUCCGGAUCAACGUCCAACAUUGGUGGGCAUUUUAUUCGAACUUGAGAAAUUAGCAAAUGAAAAAACAAUAGAAUUCAUAACAAAUGUGAUAAAUGGUGAUCUAGAACAAUCACCUAUAGAUCUCAUUGUGCCAAAUACUCCAUACCAUUUAGUGAGAAAAGAAGUUGAUGAAAAUCGAAUAAUAAAGUAUGAUGAACUGACAUAUGGACAUGGUGAAAUGCGAAGGAAAGGCGGACGUGUGAGGUUAAAAUUAUUAGACAAUUUUGAGAUACAAGAUGAUGACUGUGCUGAUUAUAUUAAACGGUUAAGACUUGAAGAAUUAAAACAUAUUGAACAAACAUUUAAUGAAAAUUAUAAUCUUAACAAAUAUAAUGAAUUGGAUACUGAAAAACAAAGAAAGUUAAAAAUCGAUUUUGUUAAUUACUUUAAUUUAAACAAAGGAAGAAAUUGCGUUGCAUAUGAUUUUGUUCCUGGCACAAAGAAAAUACUUAGUGAUAAUGGGUACUUAAAAAUAAAUAAAUCGAACAAGUCAGAUCCAAUUAUCUGUUUUCCAGAGAAAGGGGGGCAAAAUACAAUUCCUUGGGCAAUUUUAGACAAUAUGAAUUUAUUUAAAAACUUAGAUGACAAAAAUGGCUUAUUAGUUCAUGAAUGCGAUGAUGUAAGGAUACAUAUUCCAAUAGCUACUGUACAGUAUCGAGGAAAUGUAGCAGAGCAAUUUUCUCAUGAUAUUACAAAUGCUCUUGAUUGUCCAGAUGAUAAUGAGAAAAAAGAGAGAUUAAAAAAGGUAUUUAGUGAAUGGGGUAACUUUAUAGUUACUGAUGUCACUAUUGGUGGAGCCAUCAUGAUAAAAAAAUGGUCAGAAAUUAAUUACAUGAACCAAUCACGUCUGUUAACAUACAUUCAAUGGGGUAUUGACUAUGCAAAAGGCGGGAGAUCAAAAAUUUUUAGUGAAAUGCCACUUGAUGUGUUUCCUCAAUUUGAAAUUUCGAAAAAUAUAAAAACCAUCGGAGAUCUUUAUGGUUGGUUAAAAGGUUUGUAUGAUUAUCAAUAUGCAGAAAUAAUAUCGUACGAAGAUUUUAAACCAUCUUAUGAAUUGCUACCAAAUGACUUGGUUGAACGAAUAUUCCAAUGUUUUUCAUCCCAACCCGUCGUUAAACCUAUUGUUAGGAUAAUUCCACAAAUGCUAACCCAAUGCGAGCAACAAAAACUUUUAGAAUGGAUAGAAACAAAAAAACCAAGAUUGUUAUAUAUGUGUGAUUGGGUUCAUGAUCUUUCAUUAGAAUAUGGUAUACUCCUACAACGCUCAAAAUUAGGACAUGGUGAUAAGAUCGGGUUUAAAUAUACAAAAGACCCUACAAUCACACCGAUUAACAAUACUAUUACAAUUCUAUUGUGUCAACCCCAAACUAAGCAAGUAGCAUAUUCACUGGAUAAUGGUUUGAAGGGAGAAGAUGAAUUAAAGUUCAGUGAAAUUCCCUUUAUUAACAAUCAUACUUUAGAAUAUUUCCGAGAUUUAGAGAAUAAACCUUCUAAAACUGUUUAUUGUCAAAUCAUUUUUAAUGCAAUCAAAAUCUCUUUUAAAUCAAUUAUCAAACCGUCAGAAAAGCUUUCUAAUGCGGUAGAUGAUGCUCUUAGAAGUGAUGAACCAUUUAAAAAUCUUUGUGAAUUAUUUAACAAUACCUAUGGACUUCUAAUUCCUGAAACCAUAACCCUAGGCAAAAAAUUGACUAGAACGUACGAUUCCUGCAAUAUUCCUAAAAACACUAUUGAAAAAAAAGAAGAGUAUACUUACGAAAACUUAACAGCACAAGCAAUAAAGACUUUAACUGAUUGGGAUGAAAAGAACAAAGACAUAGAUACAACUUUUUUUGUCGACGAUAACAAAAUUAAACGAGAUGAAAUUGAAGAGUGGCGUAAACUUCAAUCAAAUAAUCCUAAUAACUGGAAAGUUAUAUUUUAUGAAGAUUUAAUUCCGACAUAUAAAAUAUUAACUAAAUCACAACAGAGUGAAAUUGAAUCUAUUUUAAGCGAUAAAUAUCGUAUUGUUUUUAAUGGAAAAACAUUACUCCAUCAAGAUGAUCAAACCACGAUAACUAUCAAAUUUCCUGGACCACUUGUCGAUGAAAAAUGCCAAAUUUACGGAUGUCUUGUAAAGAAGAAUGAACUUGAAGGGUGGGAAAAAAUUCCCAAUGUGAUGAUUAGAUUCGAUAACAUUAAUCGAUAUAGUUGCAGAGCAAUUAUACAUAAAAGUAGUAAAACAAGUUUAAGCAAAGACGAAUCAAGGAUAUUGUGGUUUAUACUUGCUAAACCUAAAGGAUAUUAUUGUCAUAGUCUCAGAAAAAUUAAGGUUACAUACGGAAAACUUGAUAUCCAUGGAGAUCAAUCUUUCACAUAUUUGAAAAGUAAAGAAAUUUCUAAAGAUAAUGUUUUAGUAACCUCUUUUGUUUCUAAUACAUUGAGAGAAACAACUUUUUACAAAACCAAUGUCAAAUUGUGGACAAGCUCAAGAGUUGACUUGAGAAUUCAGAAAGUGCAAGAAGAUAAUUCAAUAAAUAAUUUUGAACAUUUAACUCUUCAAUGGUGUAUAAUUAAUACAAAUGAAAUAAAUCCAACGGAUAGUGAAAAACAAGAGUCAUACCCAUGGAGUGUAUUUGGAACCGUUUUUGAAGACUUAAAAGACAAUAAAAAGAAUCAAGCUAAAUAA